UCUGCGCAUGCGCUUGUCUAUCAGCGUGCCAGCAGUAAUGGCGACGUCCUUAAGGUUCGGCAGAAUAGUGAGAACAACUGGAUGCGUGAGUUUUUUGAGAAGUGUUUAUGUUAGGAAUCACAGUUCGGUGGGACCUGCGGUACAAACGGAGAUCACUUCAUCUUGCAGCCAGUCAGAAAUCAACAGGGAAAUAAAAUCUUUUGCUGAACUUCAAAAUGAGAGACGAGAGCAAGCAGAGAGAUCUGUUCUUUUAUCCUGCCCUCGAAAAGUCAGUGAGAAGUUGUUGCUUAAGUAUUUGGCAAAAUACGGAGAUAUUAACAGUUACUUCUUCUAUGAAAGCUUUGAUGUAUGUGCUGUAGUGGAAUUUUCACAGAAAAAUAGUAUAGCGAUGCUUCAAGAUGGCACAGUUAUGCCUGCCAGCAAGCAUGAAUCAUGUAUUCCUUUUAAAUCAAGAGUUUUCACAUUAAAAAUGAAUAAUCCAGACGAUCAAGCCAAUACUCGGCAAUCUCUCCCAUACCUAAAACAGUCUGCCAUUUCCAUUAAUGAGCUUGUUGAGAGGAUUUCAGCUGAAACCACUCUGGAUCAGCAAAUCUGCACCCUUACCAAGACCUACGAACUGACUGAAGAGAACGUGCGGCUGCGAUUCCUGGUGUGCUCACUGUUGCAAGAUAUUGCAAUUCAGUAUUUCCCAAAUUGUUCCGUAAAACCCUUUGGAUCAUCGGUUAAUGGAUUUGGGAAACUUGGGUGUGAUUUGGAUAUGUUUUUAGACUUGGAUGGCAUCAAGGAGCAGAAUUCAGAUAAUACCUCCGAACCCUUUUCUGUGGAGUACCAUUUAAAGAGAGUGCCUUCUGAAAGAGCUGCUACUCAGAAUGUCCUGUCUUUGGUCGGGGAUUGUCUGGAUAGAUUUGUGCCCGGCUGUGUGGGAGUACAGAAGAUUCUUAAUGCUCGCUGCCCACUUGUUCGUUUUUCCCAUCAACCAUCAGGAUUUCAAUGUGAUGUGACUGCAAAUAAUCGAAUUGCUAUGAAGAGCACUGAGCUGCUGUACUUGUAUGGAAGUCUAGAUGUCAGGGUGAGGGCCUUGGUCUUUACUGUGAGAACUUGGGCUCGUGCUCAUGGCAUCACCAGCAGCAUUCCUGGUGCCUGGAUCACCAACUUUUCCCUCACUAUGAUGGUCAUCUUCUUUUUGCAGAAGAGAAGGCAUCCUAUCAUUCCAACUCUCGAUCAGCUGAAGGCCCUUGCAGACGCUAAAGACAAACAUAUCAUUGAUGGGAAUGACUGCACGUUUGUAAGGGAUAUCAACAAAAUCAGCGUAUCUGAGAACACAGAAACUCUGGGCCAGCUACUGCAAGAAUUCUUUGAAUUUUAUGGAAACUUUGCCUUUCAGAAAAUGUCAAUUAACAUAAGAAAGGGGAAAGAGCAAACCAAGCCAGAAGUUUCACCGUUGCACAUACAGAAUCCAUUUGAGCAGACCCUCAAUGUAAGCAAAAAUGUAAAUCAGACUCAGCUUGAGAGAUUUGUCUCCUUGGCCAGAGAUGGUGCUUGGAUCUUGCAGCAAGAGGGAAUGACUAAAGCAUCCGUUUUGGGUUACCAUCCCUGGGGACUGGCAGCUCUUUUGCUUCCUUCCGCAUCAGAUACUGGAAACAAGGCGAAAAAGCGAAGGAGGAGAGAGGGUGCCAGUGAAAGAAUCAAGAGCCUUCUGGAGUCUUUGAAGAACAGCAAAUCCGACGUGAAGAACGAUGCGACUUCUGAAUCCUCCAUUGGUAAAAGACCCUCCCUGCGGACUAAAUAGCCUCGAGUGACUCUAGGAGACUGUAAGAGUUUGGACCUACCAAUGUCUAGAAAGUCAUCAAGCUCAUCAAAAAGAAGGAUGUCUGUCUGGUUUUAUCUCAAUUAAUUCAAAUAAUUCAUUUCUGUUGAGCUAGUAUUCUUUUUAUCACAAAUGUCAGUUUUUCAUGCAGCAUUUUACUUUUUGGUAUCAGGAAUAUAACCCCCACACACUUUUUUUUUUUUUUUUUUACUUUCAGAGCAGUAACAGUGAAUCCAGAAUUAAUAUCCCUUUUUGUUGCUAAUGAAAAAAAAAAA